AUGCCUAUUAGCAGAUUUAUUGAUGCCUAUAGGUUGAAACUUAAAAUGUAUGUUCAAAAUUAUCAAUCUUCUAUGUUAAGUGCGCAUAAUGGCGAAAUAUUAGUAAUUAACUUUAAAUACCCUUACAAGAUAGUAAUCAGACAUAGCAAAAUGAUUCAUAAAUUAGGAUUAAACACGAGUGCACCUUAUCACCUAUUAUUUUACUCACUAGUAUUUGGAGGAACCGUUUCCCACUCUUUCAUUUUGUCCCCUAUCGCUUUCAAGAAUUUGCCUAGAGCGGAGUUUGGAAAACUACAAAACAAAGUUUUUCCCUUAUACUUCAUCGGCCAAGCUUUGUCUCCUCUUAUUUUGGGACUCAGUACCCCAUUGAAGCUUUGCCCUUUUACUAUUGGGUUGUUAUCGCUCUCAGCGUUAGGCGGAGUCCUUAAUUAUUUUGUUUUAUUACCAGUUUGCCGCAAUAUCAAGGCAGAGACUGACAAACUUCUAGAGGAUAAUAAGGCAUUCGACUCAGAGGGAAAGCCUACGGAAACAUAUGACGCUGUCAAUAAGAAGUUUGGUAAGUUCCAUGGAUUCUCGAUGUUGUUCAAUUUGUUAUCAAUUUUGUCUCUUGGAGGUUAUGGUGUUGUUCUUGCAAAGAGACUAGUUUAA